AUGGUGGACAACACUACCGAUGGUCGAGUUUUCAUCAACAUGACCAGAAUUGAGAACAACUUUGGUGAUGGCAUAUGGUACCGACAAAAAACCGGCUCGAACCUACUGACGCAUGGCAUCCGAACCCAACGGGAUCUCGGCGUUUUUGCCGAGGAGAAGCCUCGUGCCGACAUCUGCCGACAGCACUCGCUGCCAUCACAGUACUUCUUUCCUCAUCUGUUGAUGGCUCGUCUUCGACAAUGGAACGCUUUACGAUCCCUCGAGUCCUCCAUCUUGUUGGAUAGCUAUUUCAUUGCCACCGCGUCUUGCGUACACGUACUCGCUGCAGUUCGUGAAUGUCCGGAAUUUGAACCCUCCUGGAACAUCCACGACGAAUCUGGUCGUCUGCGACGCAACGCAGGAACGUAA